AUGACUGUUGUUGGUGAGGAUAGCUACAACAGCAGAGACCUCUUCUUUGACCACAAUUUUGACAAAAAAUCUAGUAGUUAUUAUGAGGGCCAGUUGUGCAUACCACAAGACUCACUAGAGGAUUUGGAAAUUUUUGAUAAUUUUUCAGAUGAUAAUAUCUCUCUGAGUGAAUUUUUAUUGAUCCCAGAACAGGCAACCCCUGGAGUGGAAGAUUGUCCUCUUCCCUUUUCUUCCACGGAAGCCAAGCCAGAACAACCAGAAGAGCGACAAGUCGAACACAAUAAGAUGGAGCCCAAGGCAAAAGUAGGGCGGAAGAGAACGAGAAGCAAAAGAAGGCGAAUAGUGGACUCAUGGGGCCGAAAAAUUCCAAACAAUUGGUCAUUAUCGGAGAAGCAAAGUCCGAGUGGUGGUGAGAAGAAGAGGAGGAGGAGGUGCAGGCAUUGUCAAUCGGAGAAGACGCCACAAUGGAGAAUGGGGCCGGAGGGGCCGAACACGUUGUGUAACGCAUGUGGAGUGAGGUAUAAGGCGGGGAAGCUCGUGCCCGAGUAUCGACCGGCUAAGAGUCCCAGUUUUGAUGCUUUGAAGCACUCCAACUUUCAUAGGAAAAUAUUGAAACGCAGAGGCAUAUUAUAG